CCAGGCGCUGGUAAUUGAGCGCCGAGCGGGCGAGUGGGCGCCGGUGGCACGGGAUCCGCGCUGCGUUCGGGGCCGCUGGCGCCGGAGCCGGGCCGCCCGCUGCCAUGGGGCUGGGCUCCAGCACCGAGCAGCCGGCGGAGACCUCCGAGGGCUUCCACCUGCACGGGGUGCAGGAGAACUCCCCCGCCCAGCAGGCGGGCCUGGAGCCCUACUUUGACUUCAUCAUCACCAUCGGGCACUCGAGGCUGAACAAGGAGACGGACACGCUGCGGGACCUGCUGAAGGCCAACGUGGAGAAGCCGGUGAAGCUGGAGGUGUUCAACAUGAAGACCAUGCGGGUGCGCGAGGUGGAGGUGGUGCCCAGCAACAUGUGGGGCGGCCCGGGCCUGCUGGGCGCCAGCGUGCGCUUCUGCAGCUUCCACAGGGCCAGCGAGCACGUGUGGCACGUGCUGGAUGUGGAACCCUCUUCGCCCGCCUCCCUUGCUGGCCUGUGCCCCUACACAGACUAUGUGAUUGGCUCAGACCAGCUCCUGCAGGAGUCUGAGGACUUCUUCACUCUCAUCGAGUCCCACGAGGGGAAGCCCUUGAAGCUGAUGGUUUAUAACUCCGAGUCCGACUCCUGCCGGGAGGUGUCCGUAACUCCCAACGCGGCCUGGGGUGGAGAGGGCAGUCUGGGGUGUGGUAUCGGCUACGGGUAUCUGCAUCGGAUCCCAAUCCAGCCCCCCAGCUACCACAAGAAGCCACCUGGUGCCCCACCACCUGGCACCCCACCACCUGGUACCUCACCACCUGGUACUCUGCCACCUGGUACCCCACCACCUGGUGCCCUGCCAUCUGAUAACCCGCCACCUGGUUCCUCACCACCUGGUGCCUUGCCACCUGGUAACUUGCCACCUGGUAUCCCAUCACCUGGUGCCCUGCCACCUGGAACCACCCCCCUGGACUCACCUGCCCCUCCUGGCCCUGAGAUGGGUUCCAGGCAGGGUGACUACUUGGAGGCCCUGCUGCAGGCUCCCGGCUCCUCCCUAGAGGGCCCGCUGCCCGGGCCCGGGCAUCUCGGCUAUGCUGUGCCUGACCGUGGGGAACCGCCCCGGCCCAUGGAGACGCCUCUGCAGCCGCCGCCUCCGGUGCAGCGGGUCAUGGACCCAGGCUUCCUGGACGUGUCGGGCAUCGCCCUCUUGGACAGCAGUGCCAGCGUCUGGCCCGGCCCGCCCUCCUUCCCCGAGCUGCCCUCCGCCGCCGUGCCAGCUGCAGGGCUGGAGGACGUCUGCUCCAGCAGCGGCUCUCACGAGCGUGCCGGGGAGGCCACGUGGUCUGGAUCAGAGUUUGAGGUCUCCUUCCCGGACAGCCCCGGUGCCCAGGCCCAGCAGGACCACCUGCCCCAGCUGACCCUUCCCGACAGCCUCACCUCCGCAGCCUCGCCAGAGGACGGGCUGUCUGCCGAGCUGCUCGAAGCUCAGGCCGAGGAGGAGCCGGCAAGCACAGCAAGUCCGGGUCUCAGGGCGGAAGCCGAGGCAGCCAGCCAGGCCCAGCUCGCUACCCCCGAACACCACCCUGGGCAAUGGCAAGGCCCCUGAUGGCACGUCCUGAGGUCCAGGUGUGGGGAGGCGGCUCAGGCUGUGGCUCCGAGUCACGGGCAGGGACUUCUGCAGGUGGGGGGCUCGUGUCCACUCACCCUACUGGUUUCCAAGAGAUGGCCUGCCAGCACUCUGCGUGGUGGUCCUGGCUUUGGGGAAUGGAGCCCUUGUUUGAGAAUCUUAAGCACAUGCUUUUGGGGUGGUGGGAGCUGGGGUAGGAGAGGAAAGGCUUCUUCGCUGCACGGGUGGCACACGGAGCCUUGCUGGUGGGGAGGGGAGGCGUGGGCCUUGGGGAAGGGCAUCUUGGCUGUGUACGCCGAGGCCCAGUGCUUGCUCCCAGGAAGCAGCGGGGUCUAGACUGAUCUGGUGUGGCAGUGGGGUGAGGGGGGGAAGGGGCCGGUAUGGUGUUUGCCUGACAGCUUUGCAGAGCUUGCCUUGAUGCUUCCUGCACAGCCGAGCCAGCGCUUCCUACUGGAAGGCACCCCAAGCCCUGGGGACCCUUGAAGCCCCAGUUACUGCCUCUUCUGUCAUGUGCCCCCAUCCCUGUGCCACAUGGUAGAUGGCUCAGGCGGACUGAUACCUGCCAGUCACAGCUGGAACUUGCCCACCUCUCAUGGGAGAGGAGGGUUGGAAAUUCUGGAACCUUCCGCAGACACUUACCUGUGCUUAGAUCAUGAUAUUCCUUCUUCCCCAGGGCUGACUCCCCACAGACCUAGUAUCCCCAGACUUACACAACAAUCUCUUCUGCAUACACAUGGCACCAGCCAGCCCCAGUGGUGAACAGGUUACACAUUUAGAUUGACCUCCCUCAGCACACUCUCAAAGCCAGUCCUGACUAGAUCUCUUUACACACAGCUCCCACCACAAGGGGAAGUGAGAGGCCAGGGCCCUUCUGUCCUUUCCUGUAGCGUGUCUGGGGGAGCGUGUGUGCGGGGGUGCCUUGGGAGGCUGAGGCACGCGUGGGUCUGCGCUCUGUCAGCAGGAAGAGGACGGCUCCCCCAGGGAUGGGGUCCUCACAUGCCCGGGCUACAGCCCCUUGCCUUCCCACACUCCCUGCUGCUUACCAUGAAGGCUGCCUCUGGCCUUGUCCUCUAGUCUGUCCACUCUGCAUCCCCCACUGCUGCUUGAUUUGUGAUGUCCGCAUGUACAAGGAAAUUCAGAGCCUUUAGCUGUAGCACACGGACUAUCAGCCGGAGGCAGCACAAGCCGAGUGUAUGGAGGGAGGCCCCAAUUAGCGAACACUAAGUGUCUAGCACUCUGGCCGCAGGGACAGCGAGCCUGUCCGUGCCGAGCAGGAGGCCUGGGUGCAAGGCCAGCCGGGGCCUCUCCUGGGCGGCCUGGGAGCCCAGUGCUGCUGCAGACCUGCAAGGAGAACAGGCCUAGGGCAGGGAUCCUGCGCUGCAGCCUGGCCCCGAGGGUUCUGGUUCUUCCUCGCUUUACACAUGCCUCUUCUGAAGCUGGAGGAUAGAGUGGUAUCAAUGCUAAUUAUUUCUAGGAUAAACAGAAAAACCAGGUUUCUCAAUUUCUCUCUCAUCUGCUCUGAAGGAAAAUGACAAGUGAAAAAAUAAACAUGUACUAUGCUUUGAAUAUUUUAA